CUCAGUUCAAAAGAGCCAGAUGUUAAUGGACAAGCCACUGCGUUGAGUGAGGAUGUCAGAGCAGACUUACCUGCCCAUACAGGUGUAGGCUUCCCGUCGUGCAGAGGGGCGCUGUCGCGGCCAGGUAGAUUUUACAGUCAGGUGCUACCAGACCUCCUAGAUCCUCUCCUCUCGGGACAGCUGAGAUGCACCGUUAACGCUUCAUCGGGACUUUCUUUCGGACUCUGAGAUGAACUUGAAGUGGACAGUGAAACGAUUUCUUCUUAUGUCGUUUUCAGUCUCCCACUUACUGUUACUUGAGGGAGCUCAGAGCCAACUUUCAGUGGCAGAAGGAAGACCACAGAGAAGGGCUAAUGCACUUCGGAGGAAACGGGAUCUCCUCGGGGAGGAGACAUAUAGGCCGCUGCUGCCGGAGGGUACUCUGUCACGCAGCAUUUUGCACAACUACACAGCCAGAGAUGCCUCUUCAGAAUAUUGCGGCUGUCUCAAUGGCGGCUGGUGUCAGGAGGGCGGUGUGUGUGACUGUGCUCAAUUCCAGGCACUGGGAGACCGCUGCCAGAUCAUACCUAACCAGGGCCAGGACAGAGACGGGAUCUGCAAGUCGUGGGGUCAACACCACUAUGAAACAUUUGAUGGAAUAUACUUCUACUUUCCUGGAACCUGCUCUUAUAUUCUGGCUCAGGACUGCCACUCAACUACACCGCAGUACACAGUGUGGGUUCACAACAGCAGAGUGUGUGAGGGGAGUGUGUAUUCGUGUCCCAGAGCUCUCAGCCUGUUCUUCCCAAAUGAGGAGGAGAUCCACAUCUCUGGAUACCGGGUCCACCAGGGCGGUCGCAGGCUAAGUCUUCCUCAGACCGUAGGCAGUGUCUUUAUUGAACGACUGGCCGAUUACCUGCUCGUGAAGAGCGUGUUCGGCUUCUCUUUGGCGUGGGACGGGGGCACGGGCGUCUACCUGAAGAUGAGCGAAGAGCACCAGGGCGCUCCGUGUGGCCUGUGUGGGAACUUCAACCACCUUGCUGUCGAUGACCUCACCACCGCCCGCGGCCUUCGGACGGACGAGCCAGCGGCGUUUGCGAACAGCUGGGCCGUGGACCUGCCUCAUGAGAGAGCCUGUCCCUCAGUGGACCUCGACUUCAACGGGCCCUGCCAGUCUGAGUCAGACAUGGACGAUGCCAUAGAGAAAUGCAGCGCCCUUCUCUUCUUCCCGUUUUUGUCAUGUCAUGAAAACAUCGACCCGAAUCCCUUUGUCGCCAGCUGCGUCUCUGACCUCUGUGUCUCUGAUGAUGAGGAAACGUUUUGUCGAGCCUUGGUUGAGUACACCCGGGCGUGCUCACACGUUGGAUAUCCUGUAAGGGAGUGGAGAGACAGCUUCCCUUCGUGCAAUGACGGCUGCGAGGAGAGUUUUGUGUACCGAGACUGUAUCAGUUGCUGUCCGCCCACCUGCACAUUUGAGAAAGAAUGUCUGGGCACCAACCUGCAUUGUCUGGAUGGCUGCUACUGCCCUGAUGGUCUUAUCCUACAGAACGGAACAUGCAUCGCUGUUUCUCAGUGUCCAUGCGUUUACCACGGAACGUCAUACGCACAAGGGCACGUGCUUCACCAGGGCUGCAGCGUUUGCGUGUGCAUGGGAGGAGUGUGGAACUGCACCGAAAACAACUGCACAGCGGAGUGCUCAGUGGUAGGGGACGUUUUCGUCACGACAUUCGACGGCAGGAUGUUUCUCCAGCCAGGGGCGUGUCAGUACGUCUUGGCGAAGAGCCGCAGCAGCAGGUUCACCGUCACGCUGCAGUACACCACCUGUUCAGAGCAGCAGGUGUGUAUCCAGUCGGUGACGGUGGUGCUGGAUGAAGAUGUCAGCCGUCAGAUCACUUUGACAAGAGAGGGGGAGGUGAUAAUCGGUGUCAACCCGGCGCCCGUCCUUCCUUACGUCGAUGACACAGUGGACGUGCGGAAGCUGACCUCUGUGUUCACGCAGCUGAAGGCAGGGGUCGGUCUGACGCUGCAUUACGAUGGUCGAGGCGGGCGGGUCUACGUGCACGUGGAGAGCCAGUGGCGUGGGCAGACGCUGGGCCUCUGCGGGACCUUCAACGGGAACCUGCGAGAUGAUUUCCUGUCUCCGGCAGGUAUGAUAGAGGGCACCCCUCAGCUUCACGCUAACGCCUGGAAGGUGUCGUCGGCUUGUGUUGCUCCAGUCAACCUGCCAAUUAUAGACCCGUGCGAGAUGAACCAACACAAUGUGUUCUACGCGUCCCAGUGUGACGUGCUUUUGGAGAGUGCGUUCGCUCCGUGUCAUGGCUACAUCAGUCCGAACGUCUACCAGCAGCAGUGUCGCUAUCAGGCCUGCCGCUGCGGGAGUAGCUGCCUGUGCACUGCGCUGGCUCACUACGCGUACCUUUGUUCCAAACAUGGAGUCAACGUUGAUUUCAGAUCACACGUCUCUGAGUGUGGUGUGGUGUGUCUCGGAGGGAUGCUGUACCACUCGUGUGUGUCGGCUUGCGGCCGGUCCUGUCGGGCGCUGUCCACCGCCGACACGUGCGACCUUGACGACUGCGCCGAGGGGUGCGGCUGUCCAGACGGCACUUUCUACGACGAUGUGCGCCAGCGCUGUGUGCAGCUGUCACAGUGUCACUGUUACUCCAUGGGCGGCGUGUCACAGCCAGGGGAGGUGACCUUCAGUGCCUCUGGCCCCUGCCUGUGCAGAAAUGGGAAGAUGGAGUGUGUGCCAGAGGAAAAAGAGCCAGAUAGCGUAGAGGUCGGGGAGUGUCCAGAGGGGAAAGUGUAUCACAGCUGCACUGAGCAGAGAGGAGGAGUGGCCUGCGCGCCGACUUGCCGUAACCUGAUGUUGAACCUCACCUGCCCGCCCAACACACCGUGCAUCCCCGGCUGUGUCUGCCCUCCUGGGCUGGUGCUUCAUCAUGGGGAGUGUUACUAUCCAGAAAACUGUCCCUGUGCCUGGCUCGGACUCGAAUACCUGCCUGGAGAAAUUGUGGAGACACCAUGCUACAAAUGCGUGUGUCACCGCGGCUAUUUUAACUGCAGCUACUCCCCGUGUCCGGCUGUGUGUACAGUUUACAGUGACAGACACUACCACACCUUUGACGGCCUCGAGUAUGACUACCAUUCAGACUGCCAGGUCUACCUGCUUAAAGGUGCAGGAGAAACCGAGGUAUCCAUUGUUGCCCAAAACAAGGACUGCUAUGAGAGCGGCAUUGUGUGCAUGAAAAUACUGGUCAUUCAUGUGGGACUCACCAAGAUCUACUUCACUGACAACUCUGGCAACCCUAGCCCUUCCACCGUUGUGGGUCGAGGGUCAGAGUUUGAGCUGUUGAAAGCGGGCUACUACACCGUGGUCUACUUCUCCAGCCAGGAUUUGACCAUCCUCUGGGACCGAAAGACAACCGUGCACAUCAGAGUUGGACCACGGUGGAAGGGUCUUCUCAGCGGCCUGUGCGGAAAUUUCGACAGCGUGACGGUGAACGAUAUGACCACCUCCAGCCACUUGGAAGUCAAUAAUGCGCAGGCCUUUGGAGACAGCUGGGCCCUUGGACAGUGUGAAAGUGACUAUCUAGUUCAACGACCCUGCGAAGGGGACUUGGGGAGGCAGCCAUAUGCCAAACGGGAGUGUGCUCUCCUCUACAGCGAUGUCUUUGCACCCUGUCACAACGUGGUUGAUGUGGCCUGGUUCUAUAGGAACUGCCUGACGGACACUUGCAACUGUAACCGUGGGGGAGACUGCGAGUGCCUCUGCACUUCCAUCGCCGCGUAUGCGCAUAAAUGCUGUCAACAGGGGGUCACGAUACACUGGAGGUCGCCCUCUGUCUGUCCCUUUGACUGUGAAUACUAUAAUCAAGAGCUAGGCGAUGGCCCAUUUUCCUUGGUGAGUGCUGUGUAUAAUGACACUAUGUUUGGAGUGAAUCGCACCAGCAACUCGGUCUUCCCUCUGGUGAAAGAGAGACAAGGGCAGUUGCCGGCCCCAGGCCUACUCUUCAACUUCAUGAUCACAGCAGGCCUGCAGAAGGACAGAACAUCACGUGUCCCCGUGGUGUCACUGGAGUCUGCCGAGAGGCCGAACUAUUUUCUCGUCGUGUCGGGGCGCAGUCGCCUCCAGCUGGAGCGCUGGAGUCGAGGGGUGGAUUUCAGCCGCAGGGCGACUUUCAUCCAACACCAGGGGCUGUUUCUGCCGGGUCACGCCGCAUUUGAGCUUGCCAGCCAGCCGGGAGUGUUUUUGACACUGACACGCACCGUCGCGCGAGCCCAGAGAUAUGACACCUCGGAGGGCUUCAAAGCAAGCAGCAGCUUCACUCUGGAGGAGAGCACCUUUGUGAUACCUUACCGUAUGAUGUGCGAGUGGCGCUACCAGGCCUGUGCGAGCCCAUGCGUCCACACAUGCAGUGACCCAGACGCCACACGCUGCCACCUCCUGCCCCCUGUGGAGGGCUGCUUCCCACGUUGUCCCAAGAACAUGGUCCUUGACGAGGUCACUAGACGAUGUGUCUACACAGAGGACUGUGUGCUCCUCCCCCCGACUCCAACACCAUUUGCAUAUGUGACGCGAUCCAAUAGAACUACUACUGCACCACCAACAACUACAACCACAACCACGACUACAACUACCACCACCACUACAAGGCCGACGACGACAACAACAACCACUACCACCACCACAACCACUACCACCACCACUAGGGCUACAACCACCUCCUCCACUACUGUCAGGCCCACAACAACCACUACCACUCCCACAACCCCCAGCACAUUAGCCACUGAGCGUGUCACCGUUCCGCCCACCCCAACUCCAUCCACGUCCCCUCCUCCUCCUCCAACCACCACUGUCACUACUACAACCCCAAUACCGACAACCACCCUCAGCACGACCGAAACGACCCCGGAAGCCACGACCGUCACCACUACAACGGUCACGUCAGCAAUGCCCUCCACUGUUCCCACCGAGGUCACUACAGUCCUCUCCACCUCACCUCCACCCCCUUCCACCUUGCCCUCCACCCCUCCUCCUCCCACCACUGUUACCACGCCAGUGCCGACAUCCCCUCUGACUUCCCCCCCGCCUCCCCCGACAUCACCCACCACACAGCCGCCGCCAACCACGGCAUUUACGACCGCCCCCACCACAGUUGUACCGGAAACCACCACCAAACCGACCACGCCAGAAGACACAACCGUUGCCGUAGAGACCACAACCCCAACGGACACUUCGGCGGCACCCGAGACAACCACAGCACCAGUUACCACAACCAUCGAGCCCACUACUGAGCCUGUGACUACAGAAAUAAUCACAAGCCCCGACACGUCUCCUACCACAGAGGAAACGUCAACAACACAGCCCUUCAUCUUGCCAACUACUCCCUGCACACCCCCGUACUCCUAUCGCAUCGACGAGUGCGCCGAGCUCAUCUGCUUCAACGGAGAGCUGCUGCUCCACAACUCCUCUCUCCACUGUCGCUACAACACCACGGCGCCCCAGUGCAGUCUGCUGGGCCUCCCCAUCCUCAUCAACACAGACCCCUGCUGUCCGCUGUGGCAGUGCCCGUGUCGCUGCACUGUGAUGUCGGACCUGCGCGUGAUCACAUUUGAUGGUAAUAACGUGGCCUUGUACGACAACGGCUCCUACAUCUUGGUUAGCCUGCCCAGGGAGACUAUUAUUGGCACCGUGGAGAAAUGCCCAACCAGUCAGAGUGUAAACUCCAUCCGACGACCAAGUCCUACAGGUGGAACGUCUGGUCUUUGUUUUAAGAAGCUGAACAUUACCACGUCCUCCUUCAGAAUCAUCAUCAACCGACUGGAUCGAAAGGUAUUGGUAAACUACAGACCUGUCAGACUCCCAUUCUCGCGCCACUCCCUCUACGUGGAGGACACGGGCAGCAUGUACCUGAUCCACACACCUGGCGGGGUCAGCAUGCAGUGGUAUCACAGCACAGGCAUUAUGGUCCUGCAGUACAUCGCUACCUAUAAUGCAUCCGUUCCCACUCGAGGCCUGUGUGGCUGUUGCGAUGGGAACCCAGAAGACGACUUGAAGCUGCCCAAUGGCACGGUAGUCAGGGAGGUGGGAGACAUGAUGGUCUUCCUGCACGCGUGGAGGGUCCAGACCACCGAUGACACUGAACACACGCGUAGGGUCGGAGACAACUGCACCACCGGGGACUGCUCCACCUGUCUCUCCAUGCUCCGCCAGAGAGCCUUCACACCUUGCCACAGCAAGGUGUCUCCGGAGCAGUUCUGUGACAUCAUGUGGGCGGGGGACCUGCAUUACAAGGAUCACCAGUGCGACUUUUUAGCGGCUUACGUGGCCGUCUGCUACACGCACCAAGUCUGCAUCAGCUGGCGACGACACAACUUCUGCCCAUUGCGAUGUCCCCCCGGUAAGGAGUAUCAGCCGUGUGUGAGCACCUGCACCAGCCGCACCUGUCUGAACAGAGAGUACUACGAGGAGACCACCUGCUCCUUCAUCAGGGAGGAGUGCGUGUGUCGCAGCGGAACCAUCCUGCACCGGGCCGACUCCCCUUACUGUGUGACCGAGGAUCGCUGCGUGUGCACGGACAACGAGGGUAACCCCCGGGCACCGGGCGAGGUGUGGAACGGCUCCGCUCGUAGCUGCUGUCUGUACAAGUGCAUGGAGAACGGCUCCGUGGUGGCCGUGGAACCCGAGUGCAGCUCUGUCCAAACGCCGCUGUGCGAAAGAGAGGGAGAGUAUGUCCUGGAUGUGCUGGAAGAAGGAGCCUGCUGCCCUAAGAAGAUCUGUGAGUGCAACAUGACCAUCUGUGACAGUGACGCUCCACCGUGUGAUAACGGGAACAGGCUAGUCAUUGGUUACAGCACUCUGUCCUGCUGUCCUGACUAUCGAUGCGAGUGCGACCCCAUGGUAUGCCCUCCCGUCUCUGCCCCCGACUGCAGGGAAGAUCAGUUCCUUGUGGAGGUUAGGGGGCAAAAAUCCUGCUGCUACUCUUACCUUUGUGUGUGUGAGUCAUGCAUUGAGCCCGUCCCGUCUUGCUCACACGGAGAAAUUUUGGCCGUGGAUCUAAACACCACCAGCAGCUGCUGCCCGCAGUACCAUUGCGUGUGUGAUGUCAGUCUGUGCCCCGAAUCCUCUGUGAGCUGCGCAUCUGGCCUCUCUUUGGUUCAGACGGCUGUUCCCGGGCACUGCUGCCCCCAGUAUCACUGUGAAUGCCAGUGUGAGGACAGCUCUCUUCCCGUCUGUCAGGUGGGGGAGGUGCUGGUUGAGGCUCCUGACAGUAGCACCGACUGUGGUUGUCCUCAGCACACAUGCCAGAAGGCAGAGGUGUGUCUUUUCCAAGGCGUCACAGUUCUGAGCCCCGGCCAGUCCCUGGUUCAGUACUUUGAGAGAGAAAUGUGCUACACUGUCAAGUGCCUGCAUCACAGAGAUCCAGACUCUGGCUUCUACGCCAUGGAAAUCGCCUCUGUCAACUGUUCCCAAAAAUGCGGACCACACCAGGUGUACGUCCCUUCCACGGACCCUCAGGUUUGCUGUGGCUCGUGUAAAAAUAUCUCCUGCACUUUCACCAACGAAAACGGGACAGCAGAGCUUUUCACUGCAGGGAGCUCUUGGGUGGAGAACUGCACGCGUUACGACUGCAUGGAGACGACAAUCGGGGCAGUGAUACUUGCUUCUGGGGUGGUUUGCCCACCGUUCAAUGAUACAGAAUGUACUCAGAGCGGUGGUGUUGUCCAGAGCUAUGUGGACGGCUGCUGCAAGACAUGUAAAGAGGACGGCAAGACGUGCAAGCGCGUGGCCAUCCGGACCACCAUCAGAAAAGAUGACUGCAGGAGCAACGCGCCGGUUACGGUAUAUUCCUGCGAUGGGAAAUGUCCCUCCGCCACCAUAUUCAACUUUAACAUCAACAGUCACGCCAGGUUCUGCAAGUGCUGCCGUGAGAGCGGACUGCAGACGCGCUCCGUCUCGCUCUACUGCUCCCGCAACGCCACCGUUGUGGACUACAACUUCCAAGAGCCUCUGGAUUGUUCCUGCCAGUGGAACUAAAAUCAGGGUCCAGGUAGAAAUGUGAUUAAAAUUAAGUAAUAAGGAAGAGGGUGUACGAAUAAAGGGAACAGAGGUGAUGGUCAUCUGAAUAUUACUGUACUAAUGGACAUUCAUGAAAACCAGCCAUGUUUCUUUUUUUUUUGUUGUUGUUUUGUUUUUAAUAAUAGCACACUUUACAACACCGACAUUAAGUCAUAGCUUUAACUUAAAAAUACUGAAAAUAUUUGAUUGUUUUCGAUUAGUUUCAUCUGCACUUUAGUCUUUAAUUUCUCUAAGACCUGCUGUGCCAAGCCAGUCAGCUUUCUAGUGCUCUCCAGUGAUGGUACCUUUAAGCCUUUUGUGUAUUAACAGCUGAGGUCACGAUGAAACCACGGUUGAUGUGUUUUUAUAUAGCUGUUGUGGUCAAACACUGUAUAUGAUUUUGGUUUGUCGUAGGAGAUCAUUUUCAUGGUUUUUCUUACAAAAGUUUAACUGCUUUCCAAAAUGUGAUUUUUACCCUCUAUGUAGUUUUCUGAAGUAAAAUAGUUUGAUAAAAAAAA